AUGUCAAUUUAUCUAUCUCAUUUUGUUUCUAUCUAUCUAUCUAUCUAUCUAUCUAUCUAUCUAUCUAUCUAUCUAUCUAUCUCUAAACCUAGAGCGCUCCAGAGUGGGAGAAUACUAAAAAUAUCUUUCUCAAAUAAUGUCAAUUUUCUCAUUGUCUUUUUUAUUUAUCGCAAUCAAUCUAUCUAUCUAUCUAUCUAUCUAUCUAUCUAUCUAUCUAUCUAUCUAUCUCUGUCCUUUCAUAUCUAUCUAUCUAUUUAUCUAUCUAUCUCAUUCUGUUUCUAUCUAUCAAUGUAUCUAUCUAUUUUUCCACACUGGUCAUAUUCCUUCCUUCCUUCCUUCCUUCCUUCCUUCCUUUCUAUCUAUCUAUCUAUCUAUCUAUCUAUCUAUCUAUCUAUCUAUCUAUCUAAGUUUAUUCAUAUCUCUCUCUUUACCUCUGCUUAUUCAUAUCUAUCUAUCUAUCUAUCUAUCUAUCUAUCUAUCUAUCUAAGUUUGUUCAUAUCUCUCUCUAUCUAUCUAUUUAUAUCAGUUUGUUCAUAUCUAUCUAUUUCUGGUCUUCUUUCUUUCUUUCUUUCUUUCUUUCUUUCUUUCUUUCUUCUUUCAUUCUUUCUUUCUUUCAUUCUUUCUUCAGUCUUUUAUAAAUCUAUUUCUUUGUUUUUUCUUUCUUUCUUUCUUUCUUUCUUAUUUUUCCUUACAGAGAUUACUUUCUUUCUUUCUUUCUUUCUUUCUUAUUAUCUUAUUUUUCCUUACAGAGAUUACUUUCUUUCUUUCUUUCUUUCUUUCUUUUCUUUUCAUUAUUAUUUACUUUUCCUAACGGAGCCUUCUUUCUUUCUUUCUUUUCAUUAUAUUAAUUUUCCUUAUAGAACUUUCUUUCUUCUCAUUUUUUUACUUUUCCUUUCGGGGCCUUCUUUCUUUCUUUCUUUCUUUCUUUCUUUCUUUCUUUCUUUCUUUAAAAAAUGA